CUUCCAAGUUUUCCAACUAGUCCCCAUUUUUGCUAAUUUUUUCUCUUGAGAGUUUUUUCCAAAUUCUCCUCCCUCUCUUCAACUUCGUUCUAGCAUUGCUGACUUCCGCAGAGCCGAAUUCGAUGGAAACCGAGAAGGAUUUCUCGUUCGAUCCUGACUUGAUUCACGAAAUCUUCAAGCUCGUUUGGAGAAGACGGGCUGCAGAUCGCGAGAAAAAUGAACUCUCACAAUCUGUGGACAACGAGAUUACAGGAGCAGCUAACACAUCCAGGAGGAAUCGCCCUACUUAUGCUAAUGCAGCUGCACUGAAGCUUAGCUGCGAGCUUCUUCGAGUUUUUGUUGCAGAAGCUGUACAUCGUGCUGCUGCUAUUGCUGAAGCAGAAGGUACUACUAGAAUUGAAGCAACACAUUUGGAGAGGAUACUUCCCCAGCUACUUUUGGAUUUUUGAGCAUCUUGGUUUCCAUGCUAAAAAAGGAUGAGCCUAAUCCCCGCGGGCCCUCUAAGAACUCUUCAGGCACUCUCUACCUGAGAGGAGUUGUCAUGAAUCGAUCUCGGGUGUUACCCUUUGG